AUGUUCUCCAACGCCAAACUCUCUGUUAUCACUGCCUUUUUGGCUUACUCUUCUCUUGCAACUGCUGCCCCUCAGGGUAAAGACAUGACUACUGAGACUGGUCUUGUCACCAAGCUGCAACAAGCUGAAAGUGUCAUUGACCGCUACAACCUCCUCCCAGAGGACAAAGACUUUCACUUCAGCUUCAACGACACUCCAGCUCGUAACGCUAAUGGCAAGACUUUCCCUGCUCUUACUGGAGCUGGAAUCAGUCUGGCUUUUGCUGAACUCCCAGGCUGCUCCAUGAUCACGAUCCAUACCCACCCCCGAGCAGCAGAGCUCUUCGCUGUUAUAUCCGGCAACCUGUACACUGAAGCUGUACCCGAAAGCGGCGUCCUCGACAAGCAAGGCAAGCCCCGUGUCAUCAGGAACGAGCUGGGUGCCGGUGAAGCAACCAUCUUUUAUCAGGGAGCCAUGCACUACCAAAUCAACACCGACUGUGAUCCUGCUCUUGCGCUGGCUGCUUUCCCAUCUGAGGAUGCUGGCUUUGCUGGGGUCGCUGCUGGACUGUUCUCUGUCAAGAAUGAGGCUCUGGUCAACUCUUUUGGAGAGGUCAUCAAGGGUGAAGAUGUUGAUAAGCUUCGAGGUGGAAUCCCGCAGGUUGCCAGUAUCAAGGUCAGUGAGUGUCUUGCCAAGUGUGGUAAGCAGAAGCGUCAGGCUUAG